GCAGCAUCAUUGAUGAACCAGGAGGUGCCAUGACUGGAUUUAGGCCAAUGAUCAGCCUUGUGCUGCUGCUGUGUUGUUGGGAUCUAACCACGGGGAAAGAAGGAAAGUCCACAAAGAAAGGAAAGAAAGGCAAACACGUAAUCUGCCCCUCGCAGCUGAGUCCAGAAGAUCUGGCCCAGGUUCCUGCAAACUCUACCUCCAACAUCUUGAACCGUCUGAUGAUCAGUUACGACCCAAGAAUAAGACCCAACUUUAAAGGUAUUCCUGUGGAGUCCAGGGUCAACAUCUUCAUCAACAGCUUUGGAUCCAUCCAGGAAACCACUAUGGAUUAUAGAGUGAACAUAUUUCUUCGCCAGAGAUGGAAUGACCCUCGUCUUCGUCUUCCUACGGACUUCAAGAGUGAAGCACUUACUGUUGAUCCCAAGAUGUUCCAGUGCUUAUGGAAACCAGACCUUUUCUUUGCCAAUGAGAAAAAUGCAAAUUUCCAUGAUGUCACGCAGGACAACAUUCUGCUGUUUAUCUUCAGGAAUGGAGAUGUGUUGAUCAGUAUGAGGCUGUCAGUGACACUGUCAUGUCCAUUGGAUCUUACACUCUUUCCUAUGGACACUCAGCUGUGUAAAAUGCAGCUUGAGAGCUUUGGCUAUACCACCAGUGAUCUUGUGUUCAUGUGGCAGUCUGACCCCGUUCAGAUGGAUGAAAUCGCUCUGCCUCAGUUUGACAUCAAACAAGAAGACAUCAAAUACGGAAACUGCACAAAGUAUUACCAAGGAACAGGAUAUUACACAUGUGUUGAGGUGAUUUUUACAUUGCGCCGCCAGGUUGGUUUCUAUAUGAUGGGAGUCUAUGCUCCAACCCUGCUGAUCGUUGUUUUGUCCUGGUUAUCUUUUUGGAUCAACCCUGAUGCUUCAGCUGCGAGGGUACCAUUGGGUAUUUUGUCAGUCCUCUCUCUGUCCAGUGAGAGUAUGUCUUUGGCUUCAGAGCUGCCGAAGGUGUCUUACGUAAAGGCCAUUGAUAUUUGGCUCAUUGCCUGUUUGCUUUUUGGGUUUUCAUCCCUGGUGGAAUAUGCUGUGGUCCAGGUCAUAUUAAACAGUCCGAAACUGAUUGAAGAGGAAAAAGCCAAACUUGCCAUCAAGGAGAAAGCUUUGAAAGAUGACGGAAAGAAGUCCCUAAAUAAAGACACUGUGAAUGGGACUGGAGGAACGCCGAUACAUGUUCAAACUCUGCAGGUUGCAGAAACUCGUUGUAAGAAAGUGUGCACCUCAAAGUCAGACCUUCGCUCCAAUGACUUCAGCAUUGUUGGAUCUUUACCUCGAGACUUUGAACUUUCCAACUUUGACUGUUACGGUAAACCGGUUGAAGUGACGGGACCUCUUAAGUCUCAGAUCAAAGCCAGCAAGAAACCCAACCCAUCCAAACCGGUUAUACCUGCUGCUGCCAAACGCAUUGAUCUCUAUGCAAGAGCCCUUUUCCCGUUCUCCUUCCUCUUCUUCAAUGUGGUCUACUGGUCGGUCUAUUUGUGAGCUUCACAGCUAGCUAAGUCAAUGAGGAACACAGAGCGAAUAUUUCC